UAGUGAAGAGUUUUGACACAAGAUUGAGGGGGAAAAAAUAUCAAAUUCAACCCAUGGUAACAUUUGGAAAAGUUGGAAGGAGGAGAAGGGUUUGUUUUUUUAACUUUUUUUUUUUAAGGACAUUGAAUAACACCCACAUGGUUUGGGGCUUUGCAAGUUAUAACUGGAGAUACCUUCCCCACAAUGCAGCUUUGUGGAGGGCUGGAGAUCAGGGGAGGAACAGAACCGUAAUCUUAGCUCCUCUUGGUCUCUUCCUACUCUUUUUACUUGCUGCAUUGGGCCUGGAAACUUUCUGUGGGUUUUCUGAAGCAAGACCCGAUUUUGAUGUCGUAACUCGAGCAAAAAUUUGAUUUUGAGAUCUAAACAUCAAGGGUUUAAGAGCAUUGUGAGGAAUUAGGGGGUUUUCGUUGUUUAGGCUGCUUGUCUAUAUUUUCAGGGAAGGAGCAAUGGCUCCAAGCUUGGUUCUUUCGGAGUGGUGGACGAAGGACACGAGGAAGGGGGGCACGCCGGUAGUUGUGACAAUGGAGAACCCCAACUACUCGGUUCUCGAAAUCAAUGGCCCCGACCCCGAGGCAUUUGGAUCGAUGGACAAGGACCGUGGGAAGAAUGCCAAGCAGUUCACUUGGGUGUUGCUCCUCCGGGCUCACCGUGCGGUGGGCUGCGUCGCUUGGCUGGCCGCCGCCCUGUGGGCUCUGCUCGGCGCUGUCAAGAAGAGACUCUUUCUCCGGCGUGGAGUCUCCCAGGAGCGCGAGAAGCCCGGCAAAGGCCGGCUGCUGUUCAAGUUCAUCAGGGGAUUCUUGGUGCUGUCAUUGGCAGCUCUGGCUUUCGAGCUUGUCGCUUAUUGGAAAGGAUGGCACUUCCAGAACCCCGAUUUGCAUAUGCCGGAGAGCUUUCACAUGCUGGAAACUAUAGAGAUCCAGGGGUGGAUGCACAAGUCCUACCUUUCAUGGCUUUCGUUCCGAGCUAAGUACAUUGCCUACCCAAUUCAGGUCUUGUCAAACAUAUGUAUCAUUCUGUUCAUCAUACAGUCGGUGGAUCGCAUGGCCCUGUGCCUUGGAUGCUUCUGGAUCAAGUUCAAGAAGAUCAAACCAAGGAUAGAGGGAGAUCCUUUCAAAGCUGAUGAUGGUUCAGAGUACCCCAUGGUUUUAGUUCAGAUUCCCAUGUGCAAUGAGAGGGAGGUAUACGAGCAAUCGAUUUCUGCUGUGUGCCAGCUCGAUUGGCCCAAAGACCGUCUACUAAUCCAAGUGCUUGAUGACUCUGAUGAUGACACCAUUAAGCUUUUAAUCAGAGCAGAGGUUUCUAAAUGGAGCCAGCGGGGUGUCACCAUAGUCUAUCGUCAUCGGUUGGUGAGGAAUGGUUACAAAGCUGGAAAUCUUAAAUCUGCCAUGAGCUGCGACUAUGUCAAGAAUUACGAGUUUGUUGCUAUUUUUGAUGCUGACUUCCAACCAAACCCUGAUUUUCUCAAGCAAACAAUUCCACAUUUUAAGGGAAACCCUGAGCUGGGACUAGUUCAGGCACGGUGGGGUUUUGUGAACAAGGAUGAGAAUUUGUUGACUCGCCUUCAAAACAUCAACCUCUGCUUCCACUUCGAAGUGGAGCAGCAGGUGAAUGGCAUCUUCUUGAAUUUCUUCGGCUUUAAUGGGACUGCCGGUGUCUGGAGAAUCAAAGCUUUGGAGGAUUCUGGAGGUUGGCUCGAGCGAACAACAGUCGAAGACAUGGACAUUGCCGUUCGUGCCCACCUCAGUGGUUGGAAAUUCAUCUUCUUGAAUGAUGUCAAGGUCCUCUGUGAGGUUCCUGAGUCUUAUGAAGCUUACCGGAAACAGCAACACCGUUGGCAUUCUGGCCCAAUGCACCUCUUCCGUUUGUGCCUUCCAGCAAUUAUAACUUCCAAGAUAUCCAUGUGGAAGAAAGCAAACUUAAUCCUCUUAUUUUUUCUCUUGAGGAAGCUGAUCCUUCCAUUCUAUUCUUUCACAUUGUUUUGCAUCAUCCUGCCUCUAAGCAUGUUCGUUCCGGAGGCCGAGCUACCUGUUUGGGUAAUCUGCUAUGUGCCUGUUUUUAUGUCCUUACUCAACAUUCUUCCAGCCCCAAGAUCCUUACCUUUCAUUGUGCCAUACCUCCUCUUUGAGAACACCAUGUCUGUGACCAAAUUUAAUGCUAUGGUCUCUGGAUUAUUCCAAUUGGGAAGCUCAUAUGAAUGGGUUGUUACUAAGAAAGCUGGUAGGUCAUCAGAAUCAGACCUGUUGGCAGCAGCAGAGAGGGAAUCAAAGACCUCACAGCUCCAUAGAGGAUCUUCUGAGAGUGAACUCAUUGAGCUGAACAAAUUGAAGGAGCGGCAAGAGAAGGCUCCCCUUCCAGUUAAGAAGGCCAACAAGAUAUACAAGAAGGAGUUGACUCUUGCUCUUCUCCUCCUCAUUGCAGCGGCACGGAGUCUUUUGUCUGCCCAGGGAAUUCACUUCUAUUUUCUGCUCUUCCAGGGGGCGUCAUUCCUUCUUGUGGGUCUUGAUCUAAUUGGGGAGCAGAUGAGCUGAUGCAAGGGAGGAGAAAAAGAAAAAAAAAGGAAAAAGUGGAAACAACCCAUUUUGUCUGAGCCAUCCAAUUUGCACUUCAAUGGAAAAGAACAUACGGGGAUCGUAUCUACAUAUUGGUUAAGUUAAGAUUGUCUGGUUAAAAGAUCUCCUAUCAAUUCCCACUUCUUCUCCUCAGAAGCAUUAAGGGAGGAUGCUCCUCCCAAACAAUAUGAUAUCAAGUCCUGUAUAAGAUUCUUGUCAGUCUCUAUGCUCUUAGAGUCUCUCUGCUCCAAAGGCAUUCAUUCCUUUCUCUAAAUUAAUACUCUUUUAAUUGGUCUCUACCCAGACCUGGCCUGUUUGUACUUGAAGAAGCUGCAAGGACCCAAAGGAAGAGAGAAAGAGUUGGGUUCCGUUUGUACUUUUGAAAUGGUGAUAGAGUUUGUCGUUCUAGCUCCCCAGUCCAAUUAUACUGAGAUUGUGUAACAGUAUGUAUAUCAGAUUUAAUUCAGUUUAUUAUAAAGUUCAAAGAGAUAUUUGUUUCUGAAUUGUCUUCA